CGCCACCUAGCGGACGGGGUCAUGAACUGCAAGUUUAUCUCAUUAUUUCUCAUAUUUCUCACUCAGCCCCAAGUGAGAUAAAUGAUAUAUCCCAGGCUGCACCAACCGAGAAAAUCACAUGUAUUAUUGGUGUCCCCGGUGUCAAUUUCGUGUUUGGGGCAUUAUUCGUGUAAAUAUUUUUUUAAACACGUUCGUAACACGUAUUACAAAAACGACUUUCAAACGGAUUCUUUAUCACCAAUUUUCUCGUUCACAACACAUGUACAACCCGAGAAUUACAACAACCCGAAACUCGUGUUUUCGAACACCAGAAAUUCACGAGAAUUUCUAGUGUUGUUGGUCACAGAAACCUAAAUGCUGCUCUCUCCGUUGUAAAGAAAGAGGGACAAUUCUUUAGUUCGAGAUGAGUAAUGGAGAAAGCACGAUCAAGAAAAAUAUUCCGAAAAGUAAGGCAAGGAAAUUCGGAUUUUGCAUUAAUUUCAGAAAGUGCAGAAAAAAUAAUACCGCUGCCCUCGUCAUCCUUGCCAGAGGCACACACACAGAGUUCACCAUCACCCGAAUAUUUGAUUUUUGAAGCAGAUGACAUCUCGGAUUAUUCUGACAAUAAUUUAUCCACGCAGUCAAAUCUAAGUGCAAAUCUAGGUUCAAGAGGACCGAAGUCACCUUUUUCAAAAUCAUGGAUGAAGCACAUUAUAUAUGAGGCAAUUCAAGGACUGGAAAACUUGGGCAACGCUGACGACGACGAGGUUUGGGAAGCAAUUAAAAAUUGGCUCAAAAAUUCCAACAAGCGUAUUGAAUCGGAUAGGAAAAAGUUGGAGAAGUCCAAUGCAGCUCUUCCAUUAAGAAAUACUGGACCAGAAUCAGACAAUUGAUUUUUUUCACAAUUUUUUAUUGUUAUUUGGAUUUAAAACUUUAUGUAAUGUUAAUGGUCAGUAAUAAAUCAUAAUUCCCGCAUCUAA